GUUCAGUUUAAUUUUCAAAAUAUAAAAAUGAUAAAAAUGAUAAAAAAUAAUAAAUUCUUAAAAACUAAUUAUGAAAGAGCAGACAUUAAACCAAUAUUGCAAUGUACAUAUGAAUACAUUGAACUUAAUAGCACAAACAAGAUAAUUAUUUAGAAGACAAUCGUCAUAACUUAAAUAUAACUUGGCAAACAAAUCUUAAAAAAGCCAACUAUUGUGUUACAAUAUGUUCAUGUGAUGAUAUAAGAUAUCAAAAUAACACCUUAUGGUCACCACUUCAUGAAUGUUUUUGGUAUAAAAGAUAGUAAAGAAAAAAUAAAAUUGGAAGAUAUUAAUAUAAACAGAGAUAUUAUAUUGCUUUAUAAUAAAGGUCCUGAAUCAUUUAUGGCAUUAGUAGCAGAUUUUCGAGAGACACUUAAUCAAGUUUGUCAAUGUAUUGUACAUGAUUGGCAUAAUGGAAUAGAAUGGAAUAAUGUAGCUAAGAUUGGUGCUUUUGAUUGGUUUGCAAAAAUGCUUCACAAUAAAUGCCAUGUUGUUUGGAUAGAUACUCCAAUAUUACGUUCCUUAAUUACAGAAAACUUUAACAAAAAUCCUCUUAUUAAUAAUUCAGAACAAUAUAAUUUAUUAAAAAUUGGUGAUUUCCGUGACGCAGUAUUUCCCGCAAUAUUUAACUUAUCUAAACGUAAUUGCAUUGGACAAUCACCAAUAAAUCAGUCCAAACAUUUUAUUGUAAGAUUAAAAGAAUUUGAAAAUUUUGAAAAUGAUAUUGAUCCAUUUAUUGAUUUGUCUCCGCAUAUACGAUAUGUUUUACCACAAGAUUUAAACUUAUUGUGUUCCAAUUUAUCAAAAAUGGAUAAAUAGUUAUUUAAAUAUAAC